AUGAUCUCUGCAAGGCUAGCGUUGGCUAUCGUUUUGGUAGCCGCAAGUGCAGCAUUUGCACAAGUUUAUCCUGCCAGUUCAAUUGAUCCUCUAAACGGAACAUCAUUCAGUACGCCAUUUUAUACACCUCCAGUCACAUACACAAUCACAACUACAUUCCCAAGCGCAGGUCCAACAACGGCAACGGUUAUCUCUGGUUCUGCAGGUCCAUCUCCCGCAACUGGAUCUUAUUCUUUCUCGUAUAAUGCACCAAUUUCUUCUGUAACCGGUUUGGCAAAUCCUGCUCUUUCAAGUUCCCUUUUGGCAAACGGUUUACCUGUCGUUUAUACAAAUGCUUUCCAAGCUCCAACAAAAGAUUUGCAAAUCGUUGACGCUGCUCCGGGUUCACUAGAUAUUCCUUUCUUCGCAAUCGGUUCAAUGGCAAUCGCAGGUAUUUUGGGCGCUCUAUGGAUUUUGUAA